AUGGCAACCGUUGAUAUUCUUCGACCAGCUCACUACGAGCUAUCAGUUGAUCUCCCUGCCCCCUACCCACCAUCUUCACAGUUCCCCUAUUCGCUCAGCAGAACAGACCAAACCUCUUCAAUAGACGAUGUUAUUUCCGAAAUCAAGAAGCUCACAGCCUCUGGUGAAAUCAGGUCGUUGCUGAACAAACACGGCGCAAUCUGCUUCCAAAACCUCAACCUCAAAUCCGCAGAUGAGUUCUCCCAAUUCGCCCACGCCUUUGGCUUCGCACCGCACGAAGACAUUGGCAACCCAGUCCGCCGAACAGUUCUCGCUCCGAACGUAGCAACAGCAAACGAAGGCCCAAACACCAUGCCAAUUUUUCCUCAUAACGAGUUUGGACUAAGCCCACACUUUCCCUCUUAUGUAUUCUUCUACUGUGCUGAGGCCCCAGAGACUGGAGGCGAAACCCCUCUCAACCUCUCCUCCCCACUCCUCGCCCACCUCACAACCCACCGCCCCGAAUUCAUCUCUUCCCUCCGCCGUCUGGGCCUGAAAUACCAACUCUUCCACCCCUCCCACCAACCCACAAACUCCCCGGGCACAACCCCCCUCCAAGCCUACGGCCGAACUGUCCUCGACAUCGACCCCAUUCACAUCAUCCGCUCAAAAGUCGAAGCCGAGAUCCGCCGCCUACCGACAGCAAAAUGGGAAUGGGAGAAUAUUUCCCCUGACAACCAACUUGGAGACCUGAGAGUGUGGCAGGUGCUACCCGGGAUAAGGACCCAUCCGCACACAGGGGAGGAGAUGUUUUUUAAUAACUGCGUUUCGAGGUUUUUGAACGCGAUAAGGGAGGGGACGUUGGAACAUCCGUAUAGGAAUGGGAGGGGGGAGUAUAUUCCGCCUUGUUUUGUAAGUUUUGGCAGGCGAUGA